GUUUGCCGAGUAAAAUUCACAUUACAACCAGGGGAGAAGAAAGACCUAUCCGUUCACAGCUGUCGCCAGAUAUCUGAUCGCGCUUGUAUGGCAAGCAGAAACCUGAUCGGCUAAAGACUGCCGAAACCAGGAGGAGUGACUUACCAGGAAGCAUUAAAAAAUGUCUUCUUCCUCCAGCGAGGUCAUAAUUACAAAUGAAAUAAAAAAGGAAAAUCUUACGGCAGAUAAACGGGGAAGCAUUAAGCUCCUAGCCUUGGACACUGCGGAGUUGUCUAUGGAGCAUGCGACUUCAGCUGCAGAUGCAGUCCAUAGUGAACUUCUCGUGAGCGCUCCCUCCUCACUAGCCUUUUCACCGGAGCAAGUGGCGUGCGUCUGUGAAGCGCUGCAGCAGGGGGGCAACGUGGAUCGCCUAUCCAGGUUUUUAUGGUCUUUACCACAGAGUGACUUGCUACGUGGCAACGAAAGCAUUUUAAAAGCACAAGCUCUGGUGGCUUUCCAUCAGGCUCGGUAUCAGGAACUGUAUAGUAUUCUAGAGAACCACAGCUUCAGCCCGUCCAAUCACUCUUCGCUGCAGGACCUUUGGUACAAGGCACGGUACACUGAGGCGGAGAAGGCUCGAGGGAGACCCCUCGGUGCAGUGGACAAAUAUCGCCUUCGUAGGAAAUACCCGCUGCCUCGAACUAUCUGGGACGGGGAAGAGACGGUGUACUGUUUUAAAGAACGGUCCAGGAACGCACUGAAAGAAUUAUACAAGCAGAAUAGGUACCCCUCUCCUGCCGAGAAGCGCAAUCUCGCCAAAAUCACAGGGCUUUCCCUGACUCAGGUUAGCAACUGGUUUAAAAAUCGCAGACAGAGGGACAGGAAUCCUUCUGAAGCGCAGUCAAAAAGUGAAUCUGAUGGCAAUCACAGCACAGAAGAUGAGUCCAGCAAGGGCCAGGACGACCUGUCCCCUCGCCCGCUCUCCAGCUCCCCGGAAGGGGCCUUGGCUCUUGGCACCAUCCCUAUGGGUGCUGCCCUGGAUGGCGGCCUAGUCAUCCAGCAGGUCGGGAACGUUAAAGUGCCCCCCAGCACCGGCGGAGCCAUGGUUUUCAAUGGGAGCCUGGUGACCAGCAACCCUGCCGCCGUCUUCCACAAUGGUGGUUCCUACAUCCAGGCCCCUGGCGGCGUCCUGUUCAACGGCCUCAACCUGGGCGCCCAGACCCUGGCCUUCAACCCUCUACGGACUUCCAUAGACGGGGAGGCGUCGCUGCACUCCGGCCAGGAAAAGGCGCUGAGCGGGAUGGCUGCGGGCUUCACCCAGGCCUACUCCGCUUUCCCCGGAUGUGUGAGCAGCUCGGAGAUUAAGCUGGAACCGGUGCAGCCGCUGGCCCAGCAGAACGGCCUGCCCUCCGUGCUGAGCCUGCCCACCCCAGCCGGGCACCUUCCACCCAGCGCUUACGGCCAGCUUCACAUGCCCGAUACCGAUGGCGGCAAUGUGGGCCUCCCGGUUCUGCAGCUGCCCCCGGUCUCCACAGCACUUCCGCAUGGUGCCGGGUCACCAGGCAGUACUGACUCCUUUCCACUCCAACAACAGCAGCAGGACAAGGUGGUCUUGGCGCCGCUCCAGAGCACCACGGUGCUCCACAGCAUGGCCAGUGUAGUUAAGCAGGAGCCCCUGGAGGGAGGGGCCUUUUCCUAUCCAGCUGAGCUGCACCUGGACCAUGGCAGACCCCUUGGCUACCCUUCUGCCCCCUUGAACUGCACCCAGGCCCCGCCCACCAGCCAGGCCCCCCCUGUCAGGUCCUCCAGCUCUGAUUCUGGGGGGUAUAUUGUGCUGUCUGUCAGCUCCACCCCAGCAGCCCAGACUGCCCCAACACACCAUCACCUACUCCCCUCAGACUAUGGAAGCCACAGCCCAUUACCCCCCUCCACACAUCCACUCACUCCCAGCUUGAGCGGCAACUUCCUGUCAAUUGCAGAGGACAAAGUGGGUGGGACCGGCGUGGGCGACAUCGUACGGGUCAUGUGCAAUGAGAUGGAGGCGGAGGGAAAGGAACUGGCCAAGCUGCAAAAUGUGCAAAUGGAUGAGGACAUAGGUGACCUUUGACCUGUCCACCGCAGUAGAUACAUUGUGUGCAACUGUGUUAUUUCAGUAUGUUUUAUUUCCCAUUUUGCGUGUUAAAUUAUUUGCCAGUGCCUUCGCUGAGUGACCCAAUCACAGCUCAGAAUACACUCAACCUAUGUUUGCUCCAAGAAACUCGCUCCAACCAAAACCUAUAGUUUUUUUCCAAAAAGAGAGAAGUAUAACCUCUGCUCUUGGAUAUAAGGUGUUUGCAUGAAUGUGAACAAAAAUUCUGUUUUGCCGUCAACCACUCCCUAAUGAUUCUUACCUCAUCCUGCUGGAUUGGGUUUAGAAAAAGCAGGUGCUGGGCUUGUGACCAGCCCCCCCUCUGAACCCACUGUCAUCAAGAUCUUUCAGAAGCUCAUUUACCAUCGGGGUGUUUGCCACAUCAAACAGAACACAGGAGGAGUUGCAUGUCGUCUGGUCUUCUGAGGUGAUACACAGAGGUUCAUCAGCUUUAGCUAUCAAGCUUUCUUUCCAGAAUGUCACCAAGUCUUGCCGUGAAGAAUAUUUCUGCUGCAAUCAUGCAUAAACAAAUGUGCCUCCCCCCCCACUGGGGCAGAAUCUUUCAAAUGUGUCACCAACUUGCACUAUACCGACUGCAUGUGUGCAGUAGAAUGUACUGAGUGGUCCUUGACCUUUGACCCUGCGAUCUGUAUACACAUGUGAUAACUGCUUGCAACGUAGUCAGAGCUCUCCGAGCCGUGAUGGUUUAACACGCAGCUGUACCAGAGGGAGCUACAGUGUCUUGAUGGGUUUUUAAUUGCUAUCACUCCUUUUAAUUGUAUAAAAUCUAGAACAAGCACAUAUGUAAAUGUUUUUUUUUAUUAUUAUUAUUAUUCUGAGAAGAGUCUGACUGUGAAGUGCUUCGGGGAGAGGGAAGGCAUGCUUGACACGCAGACCUUGUCCUGCCCCUUCUGGCCUGAUGUGUUCUACCGGGGGGGGGGGGUUCUGCUGCUCCGUUGUGUGGCAAGACAUCAGUGUGCCCUGACAUGUGCCUUCUGUUCCUCUGUUAGUAAAUAAGGUGUACAUUCUCCACCAAUGAACUUUCUCCAUUUAACCACACCAAAGAAGAGUGAUAUAUCUGUAAGCUGUACUGGCAGUUUUUAAGCUGGAUUUGGCAGUUUGUAUCCUGAAAUUAUGUGAACUUAUUUUUCUAGAUUCCACACUCCCAUUAAAACUUUAUAUUUAUACGUACAGAAAAAAAUGCUAAUGCCUUUGUUUUCCUUA